AUUGACCUGGGAGUGUUGGGAUUUGACCAGUUCCUCUCGGAUCUAAGGACAGAAUACCUGGCUCCUCUCACAAAGGUGCUCUACCCUGAUUGGGGAGGAGACCAGCUGGAUACCCACAAGGCCUUCAUUGCUCAGUAUCGUGAAGGCAGAAACUCAGAUACGUCGUAUCACUUUGACAAUUCAGAGGUUACACUAAAUGUUUCCUUGAAUGAAACUUUUGAUGAUGGAGACCUUUACUUUGGUGCAAUAAGAGGUGAAGAAUCAUCAUUUCGCACUGGUUACUCACACCAGCUAGGUCGAGGAAUUCUUCACCGAGGGCAGCAAAUGCAUGGUGCUUUCCCUAUCAUGGAGGGAGAAAGAUACAACCUCAUAGUUUGGCUUCGAUCAUCCAGGAUAAGGAAUCUACUGUGUCCAAUGUGCAACGAAAAGCCCAAAAUUAAGGCAGUUGAAAAUGGAUUCGGCGAUGGAUUCACACUUGAUGACAACACUGUAUAGAUAAUUACUCACCUAUUAUUAUUGUUAUAAAUAUUUAUGAAUAAUUUUAAAUCAUGAACUCAAGAG